AUGGCCACUGUCAAGGACCAGCUGAUCAGCCCCAUUGCAGAGGGAGCCAAGCUCCCCAACAACAAGAUCACGGUUGUGGGGGUUGGCCAGGUUGGGAUGGCCGCUGCCAUCAGUGUCCUUGGAAAGGGUCUUUGUGAUGAGCUUGCUCUGGUUGAUGUUAUGGAAGACAAACUAAAAGGAGAAAUGAUGGACCUGCAGCAUGGGAGCGUGUUCCUUCACACUCACAAGAUUGUGGCAGACAAAGACUAUGCUGUCACUGCCAACUCCAAGAUCGUGGUGCUGACUGCAGGAGUCCGUCAGCAGGAGGGGGAGAGUCGACUCAACCUGGUGCAGAGGAAUGUGAAUGUCUUCAAAUUUAUUGUUCCUCAGGUCGUCAAGUACAGCCCCAACUGCAUCAUCCUGGUGGUUUCCAACCCAGUGGAUAUAUUAACCUAUGUCACAUGGAAGCUGAGUGGGCUGCCAAAAAACCGUGUGAUUGGAAGUGGCUGCAAUCUGGACACAGCGAGAUUCCGUUAUCUGAUGUCUGAGAGACUUGGGAUCCAUCCAAGCAGCUGCCACGGCUGGAUCUUGGGAGAGCAUGGUGAUUCCAGUGUGGCUGUUUGGAGUGGAAUAAACGUGGCAGGGGUCUGCCUUCAGGAGCUGAACCCUGCCAUGGGAACUGACAAAGAUCCUGAGAACUGGAAAGAAAUCCACAAGCAAGUGGUUGCAAGUGCCUACGAGGUGAUCAAACUGAAGGGAUACACAAACUGGGCUAUUGGUCUUAGUGUGGCUGACCUCUGUGAGACCAUCCUGAAGAACCUGUACCGGGUUCAUUCAGUUGCAACUCUGGUAAAGGGCCUGUAUGGCAUUCAGAAUGAUGUCUUCUUGAGUCUUCCUUCUGUCCUAAGUGCCUCUGGCCUGACAAGUAUCAUCAACCAAAAGCUGAAGGACGAUGAGGUGGCCCAGCUGAGGAAGAGUGCAGACACACUGUGGAACGUCCAGAAGGAUAUCAAGGAUCUGUAACUCAUGAAUGUUAGGUUCCAGCAAUAGAAAAACAGCAUGUUGUUUGCAGAUGAGGGCUCUACUCACUAUAUAUCUCAAUGGUGAACGUGAAAUGUUCUUCCAGACUUUUGUCCAUGGUAGCUAAACUUACACUUGCUGUAACGCACAAACCUGGCAAACAAAUAAAGCAAUUUUCAAGCAUC